AUGAGAUCCGUGGAAUCAACUGACAAGCUCAAGCUCAAUCGUCCUGAUCUCCUCAUCGCCGAUUCCUACAUCCAAGGCCAAACUAAACCUGCCCUCUCCGGCUCAACCUUCGACGUACUCGAUCCCGGGAGCAAUAAACCUUGGACAAAGGCCACCAACAACUCAGCCGAUGACGUCGAUGCGACUGUUCGCGUCGCACACAAGGCGUUCCAAUCCUUCAAGAAAACAUCCCCUCGAGCACGCGCCCAAUGGCUCCUAAAAUGGGACGCUCUCAUUCGUGAGCAUAAAGCAGAUCUAGCCACGCUCCUGGUAUAUGAGACGGGAAAGCCAUACGUCGAGGCAAUUGGGGAGAUGGACUACUCUUUGACCUUUGUGUCAUGGUUUGCAGGAGAAGCAGAGCGCAUUCAAGGAACGUGCUUUGCCCCAUCUGCCCCGGACAGACGAGUUGUCACUAUCAAGCAGCCCCUCGGUGUAGCAGUCGCCUUGGUGCCAUGGAAUUUCCCCGUUGCUAUGGUUCUGAGAAAGGCAGCGGCUGCGUUGGCAGCUGGUUGCACGAUGGUAGUUAAGCCAUCGCCUGAAACGCCAGUCACUGCCAUGGCUUUGGCCAAGUUGGCCACCGAGGCUGGAUUCCCAGAUGGUGUUCUGAAUGUCUUACCGACAAGCUUAGAGAACACGCCGUCGCUUAGUGAGGCUCUUUGCAAGCAUGAUCUGGUCAAAAAGGUCACCUUUACGGGAUCAACACGCGUUGGGACUCUGAUUGCGAACCACUGCAGUCCAGGUCUCAAGAAAGUGGUUCUAGAGCUAGGCGGCAAUUGCCCUUGUCUUAUCUUUGACGACGCAGACAUAGAAGCAGCUUUGCGAGAGCUUGUCGGGCUCAAGUGGCGUCAUGCUGGCCAAGCUUGCGUUACGGUCAAUCGCUUCCUUGUGCAGUCUGGGGUGUACGACAAGUUCCUACAGCGCUUCGUUGAAGAGACUGCCAAGUAUGUCAUCGGCCACGGCGCUGCUAAAGGAACUACCCUUGGACCUGUGACGAAACCAGAGAGUCUGGAUCGAGCUGAGCGUCUGAUUGAAGAUGCUGUUUCGAAAGGUGCGAGAAUUGUUACUGGAGGUAAUCGUGUUUCUCCGAAGGGAGGCGAAGGAGGAUAUUUCUUUGAGCCGACGAUUCUCGCUGAUAUGUCGCAUGAUACUCUAAUCUCAUGCGAAGAGUGUUUUGCGCCUAUUGCUGCUUUCUAUAAGUUUGAGACCGAGGAGGAGGCUGUUCAGGCAGCUAAUGAUACACCAAUGGGUCUUGCUAGCUAUGCGUUUACUAAGAAUGCGGACCGUAUCUGGCGUAUGCUUGAGAAUCUUGAAGCUGGGAUGAUUGCACUCAACACAGGCAAUUCUUCUGCGGCCGAGUCACCGUUCGGAGGGAUCAAGAUGUCAGGUUAUGGAAAGGAAGCUGGAAAGGAUGUAGCUGUGAACGAGUACAUGAUCUCCAAGACGGGUACUAUCACAGUGCACGGGCUUGUUUAG